AUGGUCACCACGGCAAGGGUUCCACCUUCACUCCUCUCAUCAUUAUCAUGGGCGAUUAGACGGAAUGCAGGAACAGCAGCCGGAGCUGGCGUGGGAGCGUCUUUACUUUUAAGUCGCAGAAACCCUUUGACCACCCCGGCUCAUUCGGUUCAGGGUCUGGCCCACCGACCGACGGCACGGCGAUUCCACGCGGCAGUGUGGCCCUCAUACGGCGUCACGACCCCCGUCCCUGAGCGCCAGCUUCUCGGUCUCGCGCAAUCUCCCUUUCGUUUCGAUACGGGCUAUGCCCUCUGCGCCAAACGACCUCCACGCCCGUUUCCUCCUCCUUUCUUAUCGCCGCCGUCCUCGUCCUUUUCUGAUCCCUUGACGACUCAUUCACUUAGCCAGGAUAAGAGAUUAUCCGUACGGGGCGAACUCGUUCGCGGUCUAAACAACGGAGAUGAUGCGAUCAUCGUUGCGGAGAACUUUCUGGGUGUGGACGACGGCGUAGGCGCCUGGGCGACAAAGCCUCAUGGCCAUGCUGCAUUAUGGUCCCGUCUCCUCUUACAUUUUUGGGCUCUCGAGAUCGAGCGCCGAGUCUGUGCAAAUGCGACCACCCUCGACCCUAUCGAGUAUCUCCAGACCGCAUACGAAGAAACCAUCCGUGCAACUACAACGCCGACUCAGUGGCUCGGCACGACAACCUCGGCCACAGCCCUCCUACACUGGACUCGCGAGAGCGACGGUACACAGAAACCUCUGCUCUACGUGACCAACUUGGGCGACUGCAAGGUGCUCGUCAUCCGGCCGAGCGAAGACAAGGUUCUUUUCCGGACGACAGAGCAAUGGCACUGGUUCGAUUGCCCGAUGCAGUUGGGCACGAAUAGCGUUGACACACCGCGCAAGGAUGCGGUCCUGUCCAAGGUCGCUCUGCAGGAAAAUGAUAUUGUACUUGCGCUGUCGGACGGCGUGAUGGAUAACUUGUGGGAACACGAGGUGCAGAAGAUCGUCCAGGAUAGCUUGAAGAAAUGGGAUGACGGACACGUCCAACCCAAUGAUCAGGCCCCUUCUCCCGAGUUGACGGAUGAUCGCAUGGUCUACGUAGCGAGGGAGCUGCUGAAUGCGGCUCUAAACAUUGCUCGGGAUCCUUUCGCGGAGAGUCCGUAUAUGGAGAAGGCGAUAGAUGAGGGUAUUGCCAUUGAAGGUGGUGAGUUUUAUACUUGA